AUGCUUCCUCCUCCUACAUUGAGCUUCACCAUUCCUUCUAUACAGGAGGAUGUAAUACUGGACUGUCGCGUCUAUCACCCCGCUUCCCUGGCGCCAACCUCGAUUUCACACCUCGCGGCAUGGAACAAGAAGGCAGCGGUUGUGGCACAUCCAUACGCUCCUAUGGGUGGAUCCAUGGACGAUCCAGUCGUGAGGUGCAUUGUCGGCCUUCUGUUGAAACAAAACUUUGUGGUUGGAACCUUCAAUUUUAGAGGGGCAGGGUCUUCAAAGGGGCGGACAUCAUGGCAGGCAAAGGCCGAGCAGAAGGAUUACAUCAGCUUCGUUGCAUUCAUGGUGUUUUACAUGCAUCUUUUGUCACCGCUUCCUUUGCCAGCCGGUCUUCCAGCAUUUACGCGCUCCAACCCCGAAUUACACGAGUUGACUCCCGUUCCUUCCCAGGCAGUUUCUCCUCCGCAUUUCAGCGAUUCGCAAUACUUGGCCCCUACCUCGUCCGCAGAUCUACUGUCAUCUACAUCCGAGAAGGAGAGAAGUGGUGUCGUCAAUACGCAACCAAGACUUCUGUUAGCGGGGUACUCCUACGGAGCCUUGAUAACGAGUCUGUUACCACCCAUAAUCAGCUCUAUAAUAUCGCCCUUUCAAACGCCAGCUCCAGGCUCAGCAUAUGCAGAGAUCCGUUUACGUGCCGAUUGUCUGGCGACACAGCAAACUCAGAUCAUAAACACUCAGAUUUCGGCUCUCCUACAAACAUAUUCACACCGUCGGGGUCGCAGUUUGAACGCAGAUGAGAUUCUCUACUCGAAAGGGCGGAAGCCUAGUGGUGUUAGGAUGGGUGGUGGAGAGGAUCUUCGCAGGGCAAGCCAUGAUUCGGUCCGAGGAAGAGGAUCAUUUUCCAUCGAUGCUCCGGAACUGGUGAGGAAGAGCGUGGACAGAGUCAGAUCGAUUGGCAAACACAAGCGAAUGUCACCGAAAAGGCACAACACACAUGAUUCCGUUGCGUCUUCCACCCAGAGCAGACCCGGGUCCCGUCAUUCGCUUGCAACAAGUCUGACGGGCGAAAUCGCAAUGAUAGAUGAUAAUCCAAUACUAAAAGCAAUUCCCGGUGCCGUGGAAGGCUUGCAAAUUGGCUACCUCUUGGUGUCACCCCUUCAGGGGUUAAUCAAUAGUCUAGCCACAUUAUGGACAUCCAAAUGCUGGCGAGACAAGGAAUCGAUCUCGGAGCAUGAGAUGAAGUUCACGGUAGAUCCGACGCUUGCGAUAUUUGGAGACGAUGAUGUCUUUGUCAGUGCUAGGAGGUUACGGGCUUGGUCCGAGAAACUGAGGGAUGCUGGAAAAGAGGAAGGGAAGCGUCAUUUCCGGCAUAUUGAGGUUCCUGGUGCUGGGCACUUCUGGCAUGAUAGGGAGGCGAUCAAGACGUUGCAGAACCAGGUUAGGAAUUUCGUGAGGGAUUUAUGA